UUUCUUAGUCCAAUCACGGGUGUAUAAGAUAAUGCUACUUUAUUUAAUAAAACCCUAAAUUGAAAGAAGCUCUGCUUGGAGAUGUCCUUUUUUGGUUGCAGAUUAAACCUCAUACUUCCCAAGCAGCCCUCCUCCUUCCCACUCGCCGCUUUGACUCGCUCUCAAAUCAGGUUCUACUCUACCAAUGGCGACGAUAACGACGACGUUAGUAACAAAGAGCUGAAAAGGCGAAUACAGAAGUUCCUUGAUGGCGAUGAAGAUGCUAUACCUUCAAUCUUUGAAGGGAUUCUGAAGAGGAAGUUGUCAGGGAAACAUGAGGAAAGUGAUGAUGAAUUGAUGAAAGAGAUUCGCGGUGAAUGGAAACAACCUCUAGAUGAUGCUGACGAUCUAGAAUUCGAUUCUGAUUUGACCGACUCUUCUGGUACUGAUGGAGACUAAUUGUAGGUCAGCAAGGUGGCAUGGAUUUCGGUAUUCCCCUAGAAACGAAGUGAGACUGGCAUUGUGGGCUGACCUUCUCUUUCAACAAAUCAUUCCACGAUUGAAAAGGCCCAAACAGGGUUUAGGAAUUUGUAGUCCAAAAUGGUGAUGGGUCUUCUCCUGACAACUGUAACACUGCUACUACUUGUCCCUUUCCUUUCGUAUCCAUUCCCAUGCAAAAGAAAAGACGCGUCUCUGCUGUCAGAAUCUGCGAGGCUGUCACUUUUGCAGCACCACCUCAAUGGUCAUGCUUCAAUGUUCAAUGUUCAAUGUUCACUCCUCUUGCUUUUCCA